AUGGAUUACGUGCCAGAUCCCUUCUUCAGAGGUCUUCGAAGGAGCGCCGCCCCGGAUCCGGCUUCGGGAAAUACACCAACGACGACGUCGAUAUUGAACAAUGCAAAGAUCACUCACGCUCUCGGAAAGCUGGCUCAGGCAGGAGUCGUCGAUGAUACGGGCAGCCAAAUCAUCUCUCGAGCUUCAACAACAAGUGUUUCUACAGAGAAGAUCACACAUGUGACCGAAAAAUUGACCCAAGCGGGCCUCAGCUCCGACGACGAACCUGCCAAAUCAUCUAGCCAUGGACUUGCCACUAAAUACAUCAUUGUCAUUGCUGUGGUUAGUGCAGUAGUUCUCCUGGCUUUACUUACAGGUGGCUGCUUAUGCUGGAGAAGAUACAAAAGGAGAAGAGCUUACAAUGUCGUCAGUCGAGGUGUCGACAAAAAGGGAAAGGGAAUCGUAAGAGACAAAGAAGACAUGUUCAAUACCGACAUGCAAGAAUCGGAGAGUUUCAAUGUUGAGGGGCAGAAACUCACAGAGCGUAACUUUGAGAGCGGCUAUGACAAAGUCGAUACGGGCUAUGAAGGAACGGGGUAUGGAGCAGUCGAAGACCAUGGCGAUAAGAGGACGCACUUCGAGGCUUGA